AUGGCGAUCAAAUUUACCCGACGUGACCAUCAUUGCCCUCGCUUUUACUCUGAACAACUUGAUCCAUACAAUUGUGGCUCUAAAGUCUCUACUCGAUCCCACCAAAUUCCACUCCAUUCCACCGGCUUCCACUGGAUUGACAGACGCCAUCUUCUUCAUGGAAACAUUCUCGGUGUCGGCGGCCACCGCCCAAAUAGGCAGAUCCGGCCACAUGCAAAAUCCGGUCUCCGCCAAUCUCGCAUUCUUAAGGUACCAUCCACGCGGACGUCAAAUCACCUCUGCCUUCUACCAACCAUGGCAACUAGGCUGAUGUCAGCUGUUCUUCGACCGGAUCCAAGGCGACGAUGUACGGCGUCUGGGCGCAGGUUGCGGCGGCUCAGGCGGCUUUUGGGCUCGAGCGCCGCUCGAGCUCGAGUCCGUCCGGCCGAGUUGUCUCAGACGUUGAAGCCGCUGACACUUUUCUACCGCUCCACUCGGUGGCCGACGGCGCGACGACAUCUCGGCCCGUCUUCAACGCAACCGAACGAGGUCUCGUGGACAACACAGGCCGAGUUUGAGUCGAAGGGAUUCGGGGCCGAGGCUUCAAUCCGUACGGCUGGUUACGACCAGCCUCGAGGACAAAUCGUCUCAUCUUCUUGCCGCUACUCAUCAACAUCUGCCCAACUCAUGCCUGGCCUCCCCCACUCGGCCAUGCAGCAUGAUACUUCUACUACUUCUACUAAUGCUAUUUUUUAA